AACCUCUGCCACAAUGAAAAGGAUGGUGCUGUGGCCCAGAUCUGUAGAUGCACACAGCCAGUAACAGAGCAACCAGAACCAAGGGACAACAAGGGCUCCCGCAGAGGACAGAGAGGUUGUCCAGAGAGUAUACAAUCCGGGGCUUGAGGAGUCUGGGCAGGCAGUUUGUUUUUCUCUGCACAAAGAUGCACACUGUCUAAACUGUGUGGCUGGUUGUUACUAAGAAGCUGCUGUAAGAGGGAAAAAUGUAUUUAAUAAAAGGCCCAGUGUUUGUGGUCUUCUUGUGCUUGCUGCUGAGCUUCGGAAAUCUUGAGGUGUGACCAGUUUUCAGCCUUCAAAACCAAGAUGAACUGCCCCUGAGAAGGGUGGUCAGAGGGGAAACAUGUUUAAGCUCUCUCUCCUGAGCCGGGGACACGGGAAGUUGGUCCAGAACAAACAGAAGUUGGAGGUCUAUUUUGAACCAGAGGAUUACUUGAACUGGAAGUCCCCAGAAGACUAUGUCCUGGUCAGCAAACCUCAGAAUGAGGAGGAUGCCAACCAGCAUUCUUGGAACCUCUUUCUUCCUAAGACUUUUAGCACACGAAAGGGUGCCCUGAUCCUCUACUCAGAAGGGCUAGCCAUCUCAGCAUGGACCCACAAAGAGAGGAGAAAGGGCUCCUGCUGCCUCAAAGGUCACAAGAAGGGCCUGGAUCUUGAACUUCGUACCCUUCAGGAUCUCAAAGAAGCUGUCCUGGCAUAUGGAAGGAAGCAGAUGGAGCAGGACAGAGCCUGGCAACCGUACCUGUACUUCCGAAGUCAGCCAGACAGCCAGGCCCAAAGAAAGAUCCAACCUGGGUAUUCAGCUAAGAGAUACCUCCGAGGCCUCUUGCGGACUUGGCCCCCUGACACCAUGUACAGGUUCCAAUGUGCAGGACACAUCAAGGAUUCUGUGCUGCUUCAGGAAAGUCAACUUAAUGUGCCAAAGAGUCUCAGGCCACAACAGGAUCUUUCAGGUGUGCCCCCAAAAUACCAUCUCCUGCCUGUCUUCCCUCCAUUUUGGAUUCAACAAGAAAAACCUUUUGAACAAGGUCAAUGGGGCCUGGAUGAAGAGGAAGCUGGGGCUGGUGGACACAUGAACCAGGACUCUGUAGCCAAGAACCGCAGUAGUCGAGAGACUCACUUGCUGCCACGUAGGAAGCAGCCCUGGCAGGAAGAGAAAACCCCAGCAAAGGACACAUCAGUGGAGGAUCACCUUCAUAUACAUGCUUCAGAGGAAAGCCACAAUGAAAAGACACAGCAAACCUCCAAGAAGGCCCUUGGGCAUGCCUACAUCAGUCAUUCCUGGCUCCUGAGUGACAAAUCCCACAUGACAUUUUAUGGAGGUGCCUUCCCCAAUAGGAAGGCUGAUCUCAGUGACAAACAAGGAAAUAUGAAAUGGCACAGGGCCAGAGGCAGCCACUUGCCACAGGAGCUUCCUGCUGCAAGGUGCCUUCUCCCUCCAAUAACAUCUGCCAUUGGCUCAGAACAAAACACCCCUGGGGAAGCAAAGAAAAAAAAGGCGCCAAAGGCUUUGAAAUUACCUCCCAUUUCAGAAGAACCACCCAGAGUCCCCAACCCCCUGAGGAGGCAAUUUAAAGCUAAUGAACCCCCAACAGAGCUCUUCAUCAUCCCAAUGGAGAUUCAUUUCCACACCAAACACCCCCCAAAAGAAAAAGCCUGCAAAAGAGGUGCUCCAUGCCCUGAGUCAGAACCAGAAACAGAAGAGGCCAGGCCUUUAUGGAGGCCUCCCCUGAAGCAUGCGUCAUUACAAAGGCCAAUGGCCAUAACUGUGCAUCUCCCAGUGGACACAGGCAGGGACACGCCCUCUCCAUCAGGUAGCUCCUCCCUCCCUCCAGCAUCCCACAGGAAUCUCACCCUGAAGGAACGCAAGGCAAGACACACAAAGGGCCUCAGCCAAGAAAAAGAAGGCUGGAAGGGAGAUGACAGUGUUCUGUCCCUGAAUGUGAAACCACCACUGGACCUUCCACCCCUGAUUAGAGAAAGGAAACGGCGGGAGAGCCAGGGGGACCGGGAUAGCCUCCACACAUCAAGCCGCAGCAGCCCCACAGGCACUCCAAAUGUGAGGACACUGGCAACAGGACAAGUCUAUGAAUCUGCCUAUUCAAACAUCAGCCAUGAAGAGGAAGGAUCCAGUAUCCAGCAAGUCCUGCAAACAAACACUGAAUCUGGAACCAAUCUUCGCAUGAAUCUUUAUGAACUUUCACCUUUGACCCAAACAACAGAGAAGCAGGGAGACCCGCAGUCCUUGGAGGCAGCAGCUCAGAAGACGGGAGAACCUCAAAGUUGUAUAAAUAAAGGGCUGAUUUGUUCAAACGGAAAAGAAUUUUACACACGCAAGCUGCACAUCGACAUGACGCCGUUCCUGAAGGAAAGUGGAGAUGAACUGGACUCUCAUGAAGAACCAGGAGGAUCCCUCAGAGAAAAUGAUGAAGACAGCCAAGACCCAGAGCGAAGGAGUGUAACUGACCCCAGCAGUGCUUCUCUGGCUGAACAUAUCCAGACCCCUGAGGCAGAUUCUAUGAAAAACAUAGGCAGCAAUUAUGAGGCACAGCACCUGUACAGAGGACUUCCAGGAAGUAGGCCUGAGUCUCCAGAGAAGACCGGUGCUGUGGAUAUAUCUCUUCUAAGAGAAAGAGAAGGGAAGAUUGGACCAAGAUUAUUCAACCAGGAGGCACCAGCCAGCAUCAGCAAUGAGAGGGAGUUGAUCGACAAGUCCAAGAGAAAGAAAAGAAUCAAGACAGAUAAGACCAAAGCACCCAAGAAGGGGAAUGAAGGAAUUGUCCCUGGAGAAGCAAAGGCUAUUUUAGGCAAGUCAAAGGACUCAAUGUCUGAAAAGAAAUCAGAGCUAAUUCCCAAAGAAAAAAAAGCAGGAGCCAAAAGGAAAAGGCCACAGAAGGAAAGGAAUGUGGAGAUGGCAGCAGAGCUGAGUGGGCCUGAUGACAUCCCAGAUAGAGGUUUCUUCCCUUCACACUCCGAUGUGGAGGAUCAUUGGCUUUCUCCCAGACAUGAUGCUCCGGAGAGCCAAGUUUCUAUAGAUGGAAGAUCAUCACAAACCCAGACCAUGGCUGUCACUGGAAAUGUGGAAUCAAAAGAAGAGAGAAGCUGUGAAGACCCUUCAGAGGCCCUCACUAAGAGGGAGCAGCAGAAGGCUUCCCAGGACAGGCUGCGAGCAGAGAGGGCUGAGAUGAGGCGAUUGGAGGUGGAGAGGAAGAGAAGGGAGCAGGAACAGCAGAGCCGGCUCCAGCAGGAGGAGCUGGAGAGAGCAGAGAAGAUGAAGGAGGAGCUGGAGCUGGAACUGCAGAGCCGCAGAGAGGAGAACCGCUUGAGGCGGCAGAGACUGGAAGAAGAACGGCGGCGGCAGGAAGAGGUGGAGAGAAAGCAGCGGCUCCAGUUGCAAGCAGCACAGGAGAGAGCCAGGCAGCAGCAAGAGGAAUUCCGGAGGAAACUGCAAGAACUACAGAGAAAAAAGCAGCAAGAGGAAGCUGAGAGAGCUGAGGCAGAGAAGCAAAGGCAGAAGGAACUGGAAAUGCAGUUAGCAGAAGAACAAAAACGCCUGAUGGAAAUGGCUGAAGAGGAACGACUGGAGUACCAGAGGCAGAAACAGGAAGCAGAAGAGAAGGCUCAGGCAGAGGCUGAGGAGAGAAGGCAGAAGGAAGAGGAAGCAGCUAAGCUGGCUUUGGAGGAAGCCAUGAAACAAGAUCAGGAACAAGCCAGGCAAAAAGCUGCUUUGGAAAAACAUCUUCAUUUCCAUCAAGAACUCCAGAAGGAAGCCAGAGGCCUGCUGUGGACACAGAACAUUUCCAGACCAUGGGUUUACUCUUAUUUCCAGUUCCUAGAAAUACCCAGGCCAUAAGGAUAAAAGAAAGCUUUAAAAAAUUUUCGGCGGACACAACAUCUUUGUAUGUGGUGCUGAGGAUUGAACCCUGGCCACACGCAUGCCAGGCGAGCGCGCUACCACUUUAGCCACAUCCCCAGCCCUGACAAAUGCUUUAUAAAUUUGAAGUUGAACUACUCAACUAACCUUAAUGAGUACUCUAACCAUAACAAUCAUAUUCAGUUUUCAAAAUACUAUUAGUUAUUAUUUAAGUAACAUUUUAUUCAAAGUGUUUCAUUAUAAUCAUCUAUGUUUGCAUUAUCCACCAGCAGCACACCAUGUCUAUCAAGGGCAUGAAAUGGUUAAGGUACCCACUGCUAAUAACAUGCUCGAGUAAUAGCUAGAGCUUAACUGUUUUAUGAUAUAUAAUACACAUAAUUAUGAAUUUUAAUACACAACCAGCUCAUCAUAUUCUCCUGCAGCCCCCAUCUACAGUUGCUAAGAUCAGUAAACAUUAGCAGGGAUCUAUAAAGAACAUCGCUAAUGCUAUCAAGACAGAAAAAAACACAAUUUAUGUGUUAAAGAUAAGUACAAAUUCUGUUACUGAAAAAUUGAGUCCAAAUGUCAUUCUCUAGAAUCUGGGCUGGUCUCAAGGAUUUGAUUGAGCAAGAGAAUACUGAAGUAACUUCCAAAGCUGGUCCCAGAAGCCUUACUAUUUCCACUCAGGUUAUCUUGAAACACACUCUUUAUAAGCACUUGACCUGCCAUAAAUCUGAAUACCCAGGGGUCUAGCUCCACUCAGAGAGGCUAUGACACUCUGUGAAGAGCAGAAUUCCACCCUACUCUACCUCCCUGAAGGCAUCUUAGGCCUUAUAUACCUCCCAGCUGAGGCCCCACACACCAAGGAGCAGAGAUGAAUCUAACCCACAGAGCUAAAAUGAUCAAAAUAAAAGAUUGUUUUAAGUCACUAAAUUUUGAGGUAGUUUGUUCGGAAGCAACAGAUAACUAGAAUUAUAUAAAGAUUCCAAAUACUCGUCUAGAGAUCAAUCAUUUAAUCAAUAUCUCUUUCUGGGGUGGGGGUAGGGUAAUUCAGUUACAGAGAAGCACUGUCAAAUAACAGACCUGAAUUGAGGAGCUUAGGUCCAAGAUAAUGAUGCUUUUUUCUUUUCUUAUUCUUUUUUUUUUUUUUGCUCUUUUUGGUACUAGGGAUUGAACCCAGGGGCACUUAACCACUGAGCCACAUCCCCAGUCCUUUUUUUUUAUAUUUUAUAUUUUGUUUAGCGACAAUGUCUUGCUGAGGUGCAUAAAGCCUUGCAGCUGGGACACAGGCAUGUGCCACCAUGCCCAGCCCAAGAUGCCUUUGAUGGUGAUUAUCAUUAAAAAAAAGAAAAGAAAAAAAGAAAGAAACUAGAAAAUAAGAAAGAAGGGAAGUUUUGUACAGAUUAAAUGAUAGUUUGAUAUUAAGCUUCUAUAUGAGUGCUUGGUUUUGUUGUAAAGUGAAAUUAGGCAAAAGGAGAAUACCAGUCAGACUGCUGUCACUGGUUACAUGACAGUGCCUUACCCUCUUUAGGAGAUUAUGUACCCAUGAUGAGAGCUAUGGGCUCUUUCUCCCUUUAAAAAAAAAAAGUGCACAAAACACUCCACACAGCUCAGUGGAUUUUUAGCCCUCAGAGUCCAUGGCCCUUAGGUUUAGAACCUGUUUCAGACAAUAAUGGUCCACAAAUCCACCAGAAGAUAAUAGGAUUGUUAAAACUAUAAAAAUAUUUUUACUCAAAUUAAAAAAAAAUUAAUUUAUCAAUGGAGAACCCAGCAAUUUAAGUUUUAUGUGGAUCUAAUGUCCACUUAUUUUAACCUGAAAUUAUUAUUCUAUUUCAUUAUCUUAGCACCAAACAAUAAAAUUCUGGGUUGCCUCAGAAAAUAAAAAAAUUUUUGGUGGUGCUAGGCAAGAGUCUACCACAUCAUUCUAAGGUUGUCUUCUGGGAACAGUGGUUCAGUUAUCUUACUCUUCACAUUACACAGUAGUAAUAUGGACAUUUUUGCUCUCAAAAGAUUCUUGAAGGUAUGGAUUCAUUUUCAUAUCUUGUUAAAUCUUUAGCACCCAACACUGAAUAUGUACUGGGCCCUAAUUAUUAAUGAUGCUAGUCAAUCAGCCUGGAGCAAGACUCCUCAAACAUUUUGGUCUCUGAAACCCACAAAACUAUUGUUUUUAAAAAAAAGAUUAUAUUUAUUGACAUUUAUGAUAUUAAACAAUGAAACUGAGAAAUAUUUAAAAUAUUUAUUAAUUCAUUAUAAAAUAAGAAUAAACCCAUUAUUUAACAAAUAACAUUUUAUUAAUAAUAUUUUCCAAAACAAAAUUAGUGAGAAAAGUAGCACCUUCACAUUUUUGCAAAUCUCUGUAACGUCUGGCUGGAUAUUCUACGUGCUUCCAUAUUUCAAUCUGUUGUGAUAUCACAAGUCAAGUUAGUUUCUAGAAAGCUUCAUAACACCCAUGGAAGAAUAAGAAUAAACAAACACACACUGUCUUAAUAUUAAUAUGAAAAUAGUUUUGGCCUCACAGAUCCUAUGAAAACAAUCUCUCUGCAUCCUAUGUCCUCUAUUUCUUUCUUCACAGCCUUUUUAAAUUAUCUGACUUCAAACUGGAGCAAAAAUAAUUCUACAAUUUAUUUUUUUCUGCAUAUUAUUCUUUAUCAGGCUAUCAUAAAUUUCAACAUGCCUUCUAGCUACUUCUGAGCAUCAAAAUGAAACUGAGCAUUUAUAGCUGUUCUUCCUUCCCUGGUUACCAAGUAAACAACUGUCUAGAGAGGUACUUAUAAUACCAUUUCCAUACUAACUUGGGAAUUAACCUAGAUUAUCACUAAGUAAAUCCACCCAAAACUAAUCUAGAUUAUGGUUAAGCUUUAAAUACAGAAGUGUACAUUUUUUGCAAUAGUACAAAUCAACAAAAACCUCACUUGAUUUCACCAUGUGGUACAAAACUGGGUUAAAAACCAAAGGAAUAAGUGUGUAAAUUAUUUUAAAGUUCAAGUACAUUUUGGCGUUACAUAUAAGUUUUCUGAAUAAUUAUCACAAAACAAGUAAAAGGUCAAAAAUACUUUUAAAACUCAAAGUCUUCUGAGCAAAACAUUACGAGGACCAGAUCAAAACUCUGAAUUAAAAACUAACCAUAAACAUAGUUAACUAGAACAGGUUGAGGAAAAACAACUUUAGGCAAAAUCAAUCACUGCUGACUGAAUGCAAAUCCCAAGCAAAGUCUUGAGAACAACGUUGAGCUGAAGCACUCUGCCAUUAACAGGCAGGGUUUUGCAAAUGUUCUGGAACUACUCUACAAGUACAAAGUUUUCCUAUCGUUUUCCUCAAAAGUAUCAAUAUUCUGCAGGUUAAUGCUCAGAUAAAAAGCUUUUGGUUGCUCCAACAA